GGCGGUAUCCCUCCGCCAACAGAGGAAAUGCUCCUAGACCAAUCACAUCUGUGUUUACACCAUCACCUGUCAAACACACACCCUCUGCUAAAUUUCUCUCUGAAAGGAGCUGAAACACACACUCACACUGACGCGCCUACGGUAGCCGCUAACUGGACGGACUCUCUGGCAAUCGACCUUUUGCAGUGGAAACGUGGAAUAAGUCUUGAACCAUGAGCUCAGUGGCAGUGUUGACCCCGGAGAGCUUUGCAGAGCAUCGCAGUGGUCUUAAGGACCAGGAGAUUACAGGCUGCGUCCCGGAGGAUGAGGCCUACAUCCCCACUUAUCUGGAGGCCUUCCCUCCGCUGCCGGAGAAGGGGGCACCUGGGGAAAAGACCGGGGAGCCAGCUUCGGCUUGGGGGAGUAAGAUCAGGCCCAUCAAAGCCUCCGUUAUCACCCAGGUGUUCCAUGUGCCCCUGGAGGAGCGCCGCUACAAGGACAACAGCCAGUUUGGGGAGGGAGAGGAGGCCAAAGUGUGCCUUGACAUCAUGCAGCGAACGGGGGCGCACAUCGAGCUGUCCCUGGCUAAGGACCAGGGCUUAUCCAUCAUGGUUACCGGCAAACUGGACUCUGUCAUGAAGGCUCGCAAGGAAAUCGUAGCUCGCCUGCAGACACAGGCGUCGGCCACCGUCGCCAUCCCCAAGGAGCACCACCGCUUCGUCAUCGGGAAGAACGGCGAGAAGCUGCAGGAGCUGGAGCUGAAAACCGCCACCAAGAUCGCCAUCCCCCGCCCCGACGACCCCAGCGCCAACAUCCGCAUCACCGGCACCAAAGAGGGCAUCGAGAAGGCUCGCCACGAAAUCCUCCUGAUCUCAGCCGAGCAGGACAAGCGUGCGGUGGAGCGCCUGUCCCUGGAGAAGGCCUUCCACCCCUUCAUCGCCGGUGCCCACAACAGGCUGGUGCAGGAGCUGAGCCAGGAGACGGGCGCCCGCAUCAGCAUCCCCCCUCCCAGCCUGCCCAAGGACGAGAUCGUCAUCACGGGGGAGAAGGAGGCCGUGGCCCUGGCGGUCAACCGCAUCCGCGCCAUGUACGAGGACAAGAAGAGAAAGACAACGACCAUUUCGGUGGAGGUGAAGAAGUCUCAGCAUAAGUACAUUAUAGGUCCAAAGGGCAACACUUUGCAGGAGAUCCUGGAGGCCACCGGGGUGUCGGUGGAGAUGCCUCCACUGGACUCCAGCUCAGAAACGAUCAUCCUGAGAGGGGAGCCGGACAAACUGGGUCCUGCACUCACCCAAGUUUACGCCAAGGCCAAGAGUGUGAUGGUGGUGGAGGUGAGCGCUCCGGCCUGGUUGCACCGCUUCAUCAUCGGCAAGAAGGGACAAAACAUCGGGCGGAUCACACAGCAGCUGCCACGGGUUCACAUAGAGUUUACGGACGGAGAGGAGCGCAUCAGUCUUGAGGGGCCAACGGAGGAGGUGGAGCAGGCUCAGGCCCAGAUCCAAGAGAUCAUCAAGGACCUGCUGGUGAGGAUGGACUACACCGAGGUCAUCAUAGAGCAGCGCUUCCACAGACACCUCAUUGGAAAGAACGGCGCCAACAUCAACCGGAUCAAGGAGCAGUACAAAGUGUCGGUGAGGAUCCCGCAGGACUCGGACAGAAGCGGGCUGGUCCGCAUCGAGGGAGACCCCAAAGGGGUGCAGCUGGCCCGCAGAGAGCUCAUCGAGAUGGUUCAGAGAAUGGAAAACGAGCGCACCAAAGACCUGAUCGUAGAGCAAAAGUUCCACCGGACAAUCAUUGGGCAAAAGGGAGAAAAGAUCAAGGAAGUUCGGGACAAAUUCCCAGAGGUCAUCAUCAAUUUCCCCGACCCGGCGCAGAAAUCGGAUAUCGUCCAGCUGAGAGGGCCAAAGAACGAGGUGGAGAAAUGUGCCAAGUUCCUGCAGAAAAUCAUCGCGGACCUGAUUGAGAACAGCUUCUCGCUGUCCGUUCCCAUCUUCAAGCAGUUCCACAAGAACAUAAUCGGAAAGGGCGGCGCGAACAUCAAAAAAAUCCGCGAGGAGACCAACACCAAGAUCGACCUGCCGACGGAGAACAGUAACUCCGAGAUGAUCGUCAUCACAGGAAAGAAAAGCAACUGCGAGGCUGCCAGAGAUCGAAUCCUCUCCAUCCAGAGAGAACUGGCCAACAUUAAGGAGACAGAAGUAACAAUCCCAGCCAGGCUGCACAACUCUCUGAUUGGCUCCAAAGGCUGCCUCGUGCGCUCCAUCAUGGAGGACUGCGGCGGCGUCCACAUCCAUUUCCCCUCGGAGGGCUCCGGUUCAGACAAGGUCACCAUCAGGGGGCCCGUCGGCGAGGUGGAGAAAGCCAAGAAGCAGCUUCUGCAGCUGGCCGAAGAAAAGCAAGUCAACAACUUCACAGCCGAGCUGCAGGCCAAGCCCGAGUACCACAAGUUCCUGAUUGGGCGCGGCGGGGCCAACAUCCGCCGAGUGAGGGACCGGACGGGGGCCCGCAUCAUCUUCCCGUCGCCCGACGACACCGAGCAGGAGCUGAUCACCAUCGUGGGGAAGGAGGAAGCUGUGCGCCAGGCCCAGAAAGAACUGGAGAGCCUGGUCAAAAAUCUGGACGACGUGGUGGAGGACAAUAUGGAGGUGGAGGUUCGCCACCACCGCCACUUCGUGUGCCGGAGGGGGCAGGUGCUGCGCGAGCUGGCGGAAGAGUACGGGGGCGUGGCCGUGAGCUUCCCCCGCACCGGCGCCAACAGCCAGAGGGUCACUCUCAAGGGGGCCAAGGAGUGCGUGGAGGCGGCAAAAAAGCGCAUUCAGGAGAUUAUCGAAGACCUGGAGUCCCAGGUGAGCGUUGAGGUUGCCAUCCCCCAGCGCUACCACCGCGCCAUCAUGGGGCCUAAAGGCUGCCGCAUCCAGCACAUCACCAGGGAGCACGAGGUCCAGAUCAAGUUCCCCGAGAGAGACGACAGCGCCGCAGGGCAGGAGGCCGCUCCGCAGGAGAACGGCGACGUCAGUCCGGAGGCGGAGUUCGUCCCCCGCAAGUGUGACAUCAUCGCCAUCUCUGGACGGGCGGAGAAGUGUGAACAGGCUAAAGCGGCUCUGCUGGUUGGUGGAAUCUUACACGUUUUCGUACCUAUUGGCGCCUCUGUGUGCACGCCUGCUGGUGUCAGUCUCCUGUCACCUCUCAUCUUCUCUCUUGUCUCAUCAUCCCGCAAGGCGCUGGUGCCCAUAACGGAGGAUGUGGAAGUAUCUUAUGAGCUGCAUCGCUACAUCAUCGGCCAGAAGGGCAGUGGGAUCAGGAAGAUGAUGGAAGAAUACGAGGUUCGUGUCACCCCUGCUCGCCACGUGAACAUCUGGGUGCCCCAGCCUGAGAAACAGCUGGACGUGAUCAAGGUGACGGGACUGGCUGCCAACGUGGAGCGAGCCAAGCUGGGUCUGCUGGAGCGGGUCAAAGAACUCCAGGCCGAGCAGGAAGAAAGGGCCCUGCGCAGUUUUAAGGUAACCAUGUCGGUGGAUCCCAAGUUUCAUCCCAAGAUUAUCGGCCGCAAAGGAGCGGUCAUCUCUCAGAUCAGGAAAGACCACGACGUCAGCAUCCAGUUCCCCGACAAAGGAGACGAGCAGCAGGACCUGAUCGUGAUCUCCGGUUACGAGCGGAACGUGGAGGAGGCGCGGCAGGCCAUCCAGCAGCUGGUGGCGGAGCUGCAGGAGAUGGUGAGCCACGACGUGCAGCUGGACCCCCGCACCCACGCCCGCAUCAUCGGCGCCCGGGGCAAAGCCAUCCGCAAGCUGAUGGAGGAGUUCAAGGUGGAUAUCCGGUUCCCCCAGCCGGGCUCGGACGAGCCGGCCAAGGUGACGGUGAUGGGCCUCCCCGAGACCGUGGACGCCGCCAUCGACCACCUGCUCAACCUGGAGGAGGAAUAUAUGCUCAACGUGCAGGAGACGGAGACCUUGGCCGCCUACAUGAAGCCUCCGUCUCGCUACGGAGGGGGAGGCGGAGCGGGAGGGCCGGACGACAGCAGCGGGGGGCCGGCCAAAGGAUUCGUGGUGCGGGACGCCCCCUGGAACGCCGGAGGGAACAAGGCUCCCGACAUGAGCAGCGCCGAGGAUUUCCCCACAUUCGGGUCGGGGGUGGCCCCAAAGCCCACCUCAGCCUGGGGUCCCAAGAAGUUCUGAAGCCGCUCCAGUGGAAGAAAAAACAAAGGAAAAACUUCUGUAAAGUAGACGAGAGACUACAGAGAUCUCACCUCGCUGCUCGCCUUCCUCCUCUUCGUCUCUGUAGUGUCCCUUUUGUGUCUCUCCUCCCGUGCUGUUCUCCCACAAACCAGCCGCCGUGAAUUCUGGGAGAACUCCCCCUUCUCUUUUCUUUAGUUUUUUUUUUUAAAUCUGUCUCUCUGAUCGUAGUCCCCCGCCCCCCUCCUUCCCUCCCCUUCUGCCUCCUCCUCCCUCCGCAGGGAAGGGGAAGAUAAAAAGAACGUGGAGUUCAUCGUAGUUUUGCCGUUCCUGCUCUGCCUCCGCAAGUCUCGCUGAAACAUUUAAAAAACUGUUAACCCUCCUCCCUCCCCCCCACCCCUUGGAGACUGCCAAACUGUCCCCCUCAAAUACGGUCGCCUCAGAGAAUCAGUGCAGGGGAGCCGGAGAGCAUCGGGGAGGUGUCCUCAGACACCUGGAGAAGGUGGGAGGGGGUGCCUAUCUAGUUAAAGCAGCUAAACACGAUGGAUUUUUAAGCUCAAAAAGGAAAGGAGAGUCUGUUUUAUAAUGCAAGAAAGGUUUGUAACUUAAAAAAAAAAGAUCUUUCAUGGUUCUUUUACUGUGGUUUUUACAAUGGUUCCUCAUCGGCUCACCUUUCCAGUCACCUGUGGUGCAGGAAGUCAGGCGCUGAGCUGCGUUUGAGCGUUCUGGUGGGCUCAGGAGGUUUUUCCACCCACUAGUGUUUUAUAGGUCCCUUUUGUUAAUUUAUUUUGAAGCUAGGAAGAAAACCCUGCCGUAGUCGACUCUGUUCUUAACUCAUAAUGACUUGAAAGAUGUGGAAGUCCUGUACCGAAGGUCGUUUUGUUUAUUUAUUUUAAAAAGGAGCCAUUUGAUUUGAACUACUGUGAUCAUCUGUUUUUAUAAAAGCACUCACUGUAGCUUGCAACCUUACGUUUGGGGGUGAAUGUUGUGCGCCGGGUUUGAGAACAUGUUAACAGUUGUAUUGUCUAAGUGUACAAAGAACUUUUCGCUAUUUUUUUAAACUGUGUGGGACUUCUUUUUUUUUGUUGUUGGUUUCUGACAUAUUUGAAAGGUGUGUGUGUGUGCGUGCGUGCCUGUGUGCGGAAGUUAAAAUGUAUAUUUGAAUGAAGCUGAACCAAACUUGUACAUCACCUUUGUCCGUUUGUCUCUCUUCCUUAGGCUGUACUCAGAGCUCAUUUAGAGGCUUUUUAGCCUCCUCGGCUCGUCACUCAAACAUGCUGCUUAACAUCCAAUCUUCCCUCCCAAUAAAAAAAGGCUGAAGCCAUACCUUAGUUCCCCCAUACAAGUGCUUCAUAUUUCUAAUAUUUUGUAGCAAAAAUCUUGGUGACCCCUUAUUCCUCUAUCUGGUUCUGGGACUUAACAUGUGUCUUGUUGCUAGAUAAUGCGAUUGGCUCAGACUGGAAUAAUUUAAACUACACCUGCUUUGUACCAGAAGAUGUAACAUUUGAGAAAGUACACCUGGGAGCUCCCCCAGUGGUGUUUGAGGCAAAGAUGUGUUUCUCAGCUUUACCUGAGAACCUGAAAGGGAAGUAAGAAUAAAGAUAACAAAACCAAAAGUGGUUAAUUUAGCUUAAUAACAAAUUUUUAAUAUCUCUAUUAAUUAAAAUCACUGUUAUGAAGAAGCAGUGGUUCUUUCCUAUCAAGAGCAUCAGUAUUUGCUUUUGUACUGUCCCAGUUUUUUCUCAGAAUUCAAAUUUCAAGACUUAUAAGUGGAUGGUGUCAUAGAUCCCACCCCCCUCCUCACCUUAUCCCCUUAAAAUAAGUGAGACUUGCGUUCUCAUUCCUAAAAGUUUAAUAUUAAUAAGCUAUUUAGUUUCAGGGUCUUGUACACAGCCUGGCUAAUUUGUGUCCCAAAUGCUUAAAAUCUAAUUAUGCUCUGGCUUUAAAUUCAGAAAUCCAGAAAUGUGGCACAGGAUCUUCUCAUCUAAUUAAAAAAAAUGAAAGAUCUAAAUGAGCUGUAAAGUAGUAACAGCUGUGGAGACAUCAGAAGAGCAGCAACAACAAACUCAGGGUCCAACUUUGAAAUCCAAACCGAGAAACGACAUCCCAGCUAAAGGCUGCUGAGAAACCGAAGCAGACUAUGCAACACAACA